AUGGCAGACAAAAUCAGCAUGUUGCCUGAUGAUGUCGCCUGUCACAUUCUCUCUUUUCUUCCAACUCAAGAUGUUGUUGCCACGUCUCUUCUUUCAAAGAGAUGGAUGCAACAAUGGCUCCCAGUUCCAAGCCUCUACUUUGACGAUCGAGGCUUUCUCAAAAACAAAAAACCAUAUGACCCCGCUUUAAGAAGGUUAAAGGUGGAUGUAUUUUCUUAUGUUGACCUUCCCUUACUCAAAACUAUAUAUUUGGAUGAAGUUAUCUUUCCAGAAUGGAAAUAUGUUGUCAAACUUCUUUCUAGGUGUCCAAUUGUUGAGAAUAUGCAUGUGAACUACAUAGGCUCCUUUGAUGACCCUCCUCAUAGUAAUGAGAAUUUUAAGAACUUAUCUAAGUUGGUCAGAGCAGAUAUACAUGAAGUGGUUGAAGAUAUUCCUCUGAAAGCAAUUUGUAAUGUGGAAUUACUUCGCAUUGACAAGUACACUGAUGACGUUCCAAUUUUUCCUAAUCUAACUCAUUUGGAGCUCAUAUGUGGGAGUGGUAUGAACUGGAAUUUGGUACUUAAAAUGCUCAAGCAGUGCCCUAAGCUUCAAAAUUUUGUCCUUAAUAUGAGGACAUGUUAUGCUAGUAUGGUUUGGGCCUUCCCCGAUUUCGUUCCAAAAUGUCUGUCUUCGCAGCUUAUGAAGUUCUCUGUUAAAUGUUGUAAAUGCACAGAAGGUGAACUGCAUUUUGUUAAAUAUAUUAUGCACAAUGCAGGGGUUUUAAGGGCGGUGACCAUAUGCACUUGGCAUUCCAUAAGAAUAGAGAGCAAAUUUGAAAUGCUACGAGAAUUGUCCUUAUGCCCGAGGAGCUCUUCGAUUUGUGAAUUUUCAUUUAAAUAA